AUGAAACUUUCCACUUCCUUGGAAAUGCCUUUUAGAGAAUCAACUGACCCUAUUUGCUCUGUGUGCAACUUUUCCAGCCUGAUUGCACCUCACUUUGGCGGUCUUGUGUGUAGUGCGUGUGCCUCGUUUUUCCGAAGAACUGUAGCCCUGAAUAUUCACUACUUGUGCAAAAAAGAUAAUCAAUGCAAGGGAAUGAGGAAGAAUUGCAGAGCUUGUAGAUUCGAGUCUUGUGUCAAAAUUGCUGGAAUGAAAAGGAGCUUAGUUAAAGAGAGAAAAAAUCUUAACAAUAUCCCACUGUACAUAUUGAACAGAAGGAAUGAAACUGGAAAUCAGGGAGUUGUUAGAGCUUUUGUUUCGUCAAAUCAAAACAGAUUGGAAAAUCGUUUGAGUUUAUCUCCACUUACUGAAUUACCGAUUAACGAUGAAAUGGAUGUGAGCAAGAUAUUAAAGACAACUCCUAGCAGUCUUCUGAAAUAUUACGUCGAGCAAGUUUCACAUGGGAAGCAAUUUUAUAUGAACACAUUGAAUAUUAGGACAAAAGAAGAAUUAUUUGAAAUAGUCAGCUACCAAAGUAAGGUUGCAGCGGAAACAUGCAGAACUUGUCCUGGAGUUGAUUUACUUGAUAAUCGGGAUAUUCUGAUUCUUCGGAAAUAUUUCCAAUUUUCAAAUAUUUGGAUUGAAUCUACAUGGAAAUAUUGGUUCUCAAAUGAUUUUUCAAAUGAUACUGAAAAAUUUGACAUAAAAUUAAUGGAAUUCAUAGGUCAAGUCAAAUCAACCCUGCUUAUUUCCCUUUCUCGGUUGAAAUUUAAUAUCUUUGAAUUCACAGCAUUCAAAGCAAUUUGCAUCUGGAAAUUGGUAUACCAUGAGACGAGCAGAGCCAUGAAAAUUGUUGCACAAGAGCAUUAUGAAGGUGUUACAAAAGCAUUAAUCAGUUACUAUCAGACUUAUACUUUGCUGGACUCAAUGGAAAUUGCAAUUCGAGUCGGUGAAAUUACGUUGCUGGUAUCUUCAGUUUUUCAAAUGUACCACGACAUGGCAAAACUAUAUUUGCACAUGGGACUUCCAUUUUGAAAAUUUUCAUAUUGUUUUGCUUUUUUUUUUUUAAUUUGUUGAUAAAUGGUUU